AUGGGUCGAUCAGCGAAAGCAUACAAGCGGCCAACGAAAGCAGAGAAACUCGGUCUCGCCGCCAAAAAGCAAAAAUCCUCUUCAUCUGCUCAACCGCCUUUGCCGAGCUCGGCAGCAGCUCAGAUCUCGCUGACCAAGUCCAAAGUGCCAUCAACCUCGAGAGAACUGUCUGAGGAACAACGGGCGAAGCUGCAAAGAGUUCUAUCUGGCGAGACUGAGCCUCGUAAUGCUUCGUCUGCCGGUAUGCAGCUCGAUGGUGUCACACCCGACCAGAUUGCCGGACCUGCAAAGACGAAGCGCAAUCUCAAGUCGAGAGCGAAGAAGGCUACGAUGCUAGGAGAUAGUGCGCCCGGGUCUGACCGAGACUAUCUCGCUAUGUUUGAAAAAGGGCCAGCGAAGCGGAAGCGUAUCGUCUCGCCGUUUCGACGCUACUUCUGCUUCAGCUCGCAGACCUUGAGCUUGGCCGUUGCGUCGCACUAUGGCAGCUUGUAUGGGCGCGCCCUACACGAGCACUGUCCAGCCUCGAGAGUUUCAGUGGGACGCGCACAGGAGCAUCAUGUCAGUCGUUCAAAGGGUUCCGACGCCUCACAAUCAGAAUGCGCUCAGCAGCGAUUCGCAAUUUUCAAUCGAAGGGUCGAGACUUGCUUCAGAACCCCUAGAGCAGAUCAAAAGGCAACCUGCGAAGCUCUAAGGCUCAAACAAACCUCGUGGGCAGAAGGCAUUUUGACAACACAUGACCGCGCCGACCUCGUCGUUGCCUUGUCUGAUUCGCAACCGCCUGCUUUCAAAGUCGCACUGACCGGUCCCUUUCCUGACUGUAGCAGAGCGGCUCGUCUCCGCAAGCGGGUAGCGGCAUCGCAUUGCGCCUGUUCAGUGCCAUUCGAGCGGACACGAGUCUUGCUUGUGCAACCUUCCGCGUACCCUUAUGAGCUUCAAGUCGCAGUCUACACGCGCUUCGCAUCUCACAAAGAGCGCUCAGGCUCGCUUACCUCACCCGAUGAUGCGCGAAAGAUGCAGUCGUGUACUAAUGUGAUUUGA